CGGCAUAUCGUAUUACAGUAAAGCACAGGCCGGCAGAACGCGGAGGUGGUUGUCACUUGAUGUUCGAAAAUUUAAAGCAGGAUGACGGUAGUAGAAGAUAUACCGACGGACCCCAGUACGUCAACACGGCUGAUUGUCUACCCAUUAGUACUGGUGGCCACAGUACUCUGGAUUCUAUAUCGAUGGCAAACACAAUCCAAGCUGUAUAAGCUAGGCAAUAAGUUGCCCGGUCCAUCCACUGUACCACUAUUUGGCAAUGCUUUAUUGGCGUUCGGGAAGAAACCUGAUGAGUUGGUUUGUAUGGGACUUGAAUACAUUGAAAAGUACGGAACGGUGGUCCGAGGUUGGCUCGGCUCGCAGCUGGUUGUUUUCCUCUGCGAUGCAGACGACGCUGAGGUCAUUUUAAACAGCCAAGAACACAUCGACAAGGCGUCGGAGUAUAGAUUCUUCAAGCCUUGGCUUGGUGAAGGACUCUUAAUAAGUUCAGGUGAAAAGUGGCGGUCACAUCGUAAAAUGAUUGCACCAACAUUUCACAUAAACAUAUUGAAAUCCUUUAUCGGCGUAUUCAAUCAGAACAGCAAGAACGUAGUGGACAAAAUGAAAAACGAAACAGGAAAAGUAUUUGACGUACACGACUACAUGAGCGGUGUUACGGUUGAUAUUUUGCUUGAAACUGCUAUGGGUAUCACAAAAGAAACUCAAGACCAAUCUGGAUUUGAUUACGCCAUGGCUGUUAUGAAAAUGUGUGACAUCAUUCAUCAGAGACAUUAUAAAUUCUGGAUGCGUUUCGACGCCAUAUUUAAAUUUACAAAAUUCUUCGAAAAACAAAAGGAACUAUUAAAUAUUAUUCACGGUUUAACGAACAAGGUCAUUAAAAACAAAAAAGAGAAAUAUCUAGAAAACAAAGCUAAAGGUAUAAUUCCACCAACAAUUGAUGAACUCACACAAAACAAAGGAACGAAUGACUCUGUAUUAGCAAAUGUUAAAACACUAGGAGACACCGUUUUCAAAGGAUAUCGAGAUGAUUUAGACGAUAAUGAUGACAAUGACGUGGGUGAGAAAAAACGUUUGGCCUUCUUAGAUCUGAUGAUCGAAUCAGCUCAAAAUGGUACAAAUGAUAUAACAGACUUUGAAAUCAAAGAAGAGGUCGAUACGAUCAUGUUUGAGGGCCACGACACGACUGCUGCAGGCUCGAGUUUUGUAUUGUGCCUCCUUGGAGUGCACCAGAAAAUUCAGGACAGGGUUUACAACGAGUUGUACGAUAUAUUUGGCGACUCGGACCGACCAGCAACAUUCGAAGACACGCUCCAAAUGAAAUAUCUGGAACGCGUCAUUUUCGAAUCUCUACGCAUGUAUCCACCUGUACCGAUUAUCGCUAGAAAAUUAAAGAGGGACGUUAAAAUAGCUACAAAUAACUACGUUUUGCCCGCUGGUGCGACAGUUGUCAUCGGUACUUACAAAAUCCACCGCAAUCCAAAAUACUAUAAAAAGCCGGAAGUUUUCGAUCCAGAUAACUUCUUACCAGAAAACACCCAGAACAGGCACUACUACAGCUACAUACCUUUCAGUGCUGGACCGAGAAGUUGUGUUGGUCGUAAAUACGCCAUCUUGAAACUGAAAGUACUACUUUCAACUAUAUUAAGAAACUAUAAAAUGGUUUCUGACAUCACUGAAGACCAAUACAGGCUCCAAGCUGAUAUAAUAUUGAAACGUACCGACGGAUUCAGAGUACAGAUCGAGCCUCGGCAGAGAGUGCCAAUUGUAGCAUAGUAACAUUCCUUAU